GCUUGUAGUGAUCAGGCCACUCAGGAGAUCCCUCCCACUCGGACCCAGCUAAUCUGACGCGUGACAGGAUCGCAGGACGAAUUGGGCAAGAGCGCAUUGAGUCGGCGGUUCGAGGAGCAGCAGCUUGUCCCUGUCACCAUGGCUGAGAAUUUUGAGAAAGCAGCAGAGGAGGUGAAGGUCCUGAAACAAAAACCAGACACGGCAGAGAUGACGGACCUUUAUGGUUUAUACAAACAAGCCAAGGAGGGGGACGUGAAAACGCAACGUCCAGGGAUGCUGGAUUUUGCAGGAAAAACAAAAUGGGACGCAUGGAACGCAAAGAAAGGUCUGUCCCAAGACGAAGCAAAGGCAGCUUAUGUUGAGUUGGUGGAGAAGCUAAAAGUGAAAUAUGGAAUCUAGAGGCUUCAAGAGACGCAACAAUAAACAAAUACAAACAAAA